GCUGCCCGGAGACCUCUGUGCCAGUGCCAGUGGUGGCCCACUGGCUGUGGGACUACCCAGGAGCCAGCCAAGGGGGACUGCGGAGGGGUAGCUCGGUGCCCAGCAGGUGUCCAGGCCGGGGCGGCCACCAUCCAAGCGCCAGCGGGGUUUGGGAGGCGUUGGGUGGCAGCUGUGAAGUGUGGCCUGGGGCCCAGGAUGGCAAGAGAGAGUCACCUUCUGCAGUGGUAGUGGCGGGUCGGAAGCUCUGGAGCGGGAAAGGCUGGUUCCCCUCCAGGCUGUGAAUGGAAAGGGUGAGAGGAGGAUCAAGGACGGCAGCAAUAGCUGGCGCUGCUAGGAGAGAGAGAUAGACAGAUAGCAAGAGGAGCAGGAGGAGGAGGAAGAGGCGGAGGAGAGAGCAGUGGCAGGGAGACAAUCCACUCUUCAGUCGUACGGGCGUUAGAAACAACCUCCUUACCUCAUACUGCAAGUGGUUUGGGGGCUUUUGAAUGUGGCUUGUUGUUUGAAUAAAAAGGCGGAGCAGGAAAGGCAAGUCUGAGGUGAUAUAGGGAAAGAGAGAUGAAUCCUGCUCUUUUUGGAUGCCGGUGUGCGUUUUAAUUUAUGGUCUUUGAUUUUGUUUUUUGUAACCAAAAUAUCUCGACUGGAGGUGGAUUCUGUGAAAGAAUCAGUGGCUUGCCAGCCUUUCCUUUUUGAGCAGACAUCCUAAUUUUGCCUCUUGUGGAGCUUUUCUUUGAUAAAGGACCUUUCCAGGGUAGCUUGUGCAUCUGACAAAAUGAAGUCUUUGUAUUUUUCAGUCAGUUAUACAUAAUACUGGCAUCCUGUUUGGUACAGGGGACUAAAGUGCUGCCUCACUCUUGAGGAACAGCAGAGACUCUUUUUUUUGCUUCAUGUAACUGAAUGUGUUAAGGCACAUUAUUUCCCUACCCCCAAAUCCUUCUAAAGAUUUUUCCAAAAUGAAGAAAUUUAAUUUCCGCAAAGUUUUGGAUGGUUUAACUGCCUCAUCACCUGGCGGCAGCAGCAGUGGUAGCAGUGGCAGUGGUGGUGGAAGUGGGGCUGGCACUGGCUCCAUGCACUCUGGAGGGACUGCAGGGGCUGCAGGGACUCCCAGAGAGGAAAUCCAGGAGACCCUUAUGUCGGAUUAUUUCCAGAUUUGUAAGACAGUACGCCAUGGUUUUCCUUAUCUGCCCACUGCCUUAGCAUUUGACCCAGUUCAGAAAAUUCUGGCUAUUGGGACAAGGACAGGAGCCAUACGGAUUCUUGGUAGACCUGGUGUUGAUUGCUACUGCCAACAUGAGAGUGGUGCCGCAGUACUGCAGCUCCAGUUCUUAAUCAAUGAGGGUGCCUUGGUCAGUGCAAGUGCAGAUGACACACUCCAUUUGUGGAACUUAAGACAGAAGCGGCCAGCUAUUCUUCAUUCUCUGAAAUUUAACCGAGAACGGAUUACUUACUGCCAUCUACCUUUCCAGAGUAAAUGGCUCUAUGUUGGCACAGAAAGGGGAAAUACACACAUUGUUAAUAUUGAGUCCUUCAUUCUUUCGGGAUAUGUCAUCAUGUGGAACAAGGCCAUAGAACUAUCCACAAAGACUCACCCUGGCCCAGUUGUACACCUAAGUGAUAGCCCAAGAGAUGAGGGGAAAUUGUUAAUAGGCUAUGAAAAUGGGACUGUAGUGCUCUGGGACUUGCGAUCGAAAAGAGCAGAUUUAAGAGUUUACUAUGAUGAGGCUAUUCAUUCUGUUGCGUGGCACCAUGAGGGGAAACAGUUCAUGUGCAGUCACUCUGAUGGCAGCUUGACGCUGUGGAACCUGAAAAGUCCUAGCAGACCAUUCCAGACAACAAUUCCUCACGGAAAAAUUCAGAGAGAUGGAAAAAAACCUGAGUCCUGUAAACCAAUUCUUAAAGUAGAGUACAAGACCUGUAAAAGCAGUGAACCAUUUAUAAUCUUUUCUGGUGGACUGUCUUAUGACAAAGCUUGCCGAAGACCAAGUUUAACCAUCAUGCACGGAAAAGCAAUUACAGUGCUUGAAAUGGAUCAUCCUAUAGUUGAAUUUUUAACUCUUUGUGAAACACCAUACCCAAAUGAAUUUCAAGACCCUUAUGCUGUAGUUGUGUUACUGGAAAAAGAUCUCAUUGUUGUUGACCUGACACAAAGCAAUUUUCCAAUCUUUGAAAAUCCUUAUCCUAUUGACAUUCAUGAGUCACCAGUUACCUGCACAGAAUAUUUUGCCGACUGUCCUCCAGAUUUGAUUCCUGUACUCUAUUCUGUAGGAGCUAAACAUAAAAAGCAAGGAUACAGCAAUAAGGAAUGGCCCAUCAGUGGGGGAGCGUGGAAUCUUGGAGCACAAACCUAUCCUGAAAUUAUUAUUACAGGUCAUGCAGAUGGAUCAAUAAAGUUUUGGGAUGCCUCCGCCAUAACUCUACAGAUGUUGUACAAGUUAAAAACCUCAAAGGUGUUUGAAAAGCAGAAAUUAGGAGAAGGAAAAUCCACAGCUGAGAUUGUAGAAGAAGACCCUUAUGCCGUUCAGAUGAUGUACUGGUGUCCUGAAAGCCGGAUAUUCUGUGUGGCAGGAGUCUCUGCAUAUGUUAUUAUUUACAGAUUCAGCAAACAUGAAGUUAAUACUGAAAUAGCAUCAUUAGAGGUGCGGCUUCAGUAUGAAGUAGAAGAUAUCAUUACUCCUGAACCAGAAAUAAUUCCUCCGUUUCCAGAUGCCUCAUCCCAGCUUCCUUCCUUAAAGAACCUUUCAGGCAGUACCAACACUGUUGCUUGUGAAGGAAUGAUGAAGGACAGUAUCCCAUGCCUUAGUGUUAAGACUCGACCAGUACGGAUGCCUCCUGGGUAUCAAGCAGAACUUGUCAUUCAGUUGGUGUGGGUGGAUGGUGAGCCUCCACAACAGAUCACCAGUCUGGCCGUAAGCUCUGCUUAUGGAUUAGUUGCAUUUGGAAACUGCAAUGGUUUGGCUGUUGUGGAUUUUAUGCAGAAGACAGUGUUGCUGAGCAUGGGAACCAUUGACUUGUACGGGUCAAGUGAUCCAUAUCAGCGUCAGCCCCGUUCUCCGCGCAAAAGCAAGCAGUUCGCCGCAGACAACUUUUGCAUGCGUGGGCUGUCUAACUUUUAUCCUGAUUUAACGAAACGGAUCCGUACUUCCUAUCAGAGCCUGACUGAACUCAGUGACAGUCCAGUUUCCCUGGAGCUGGAGCGCUGCAAGUCUCCUACAUCAGACCAUGUGAAUGGGCACUGUACAAGCCCAACCUCCCAGACUUGUGGGUCAGGAAAGCGACUCUCCAGUGCAGAUGUCUCGAAGGCCAAUCGCCGAGGACCCGGGAGGCCCCCAUUCAGAAAAGCCCAGUCUGCAGCCUGCAUGGAGAUUUCUUUACCAGUCACAGCUGAAGGUUACAUUUCCAGACGGGCAAUGCUUCAGCAAUUACAUGGAAUCAGUACAUUCUCACACGACGAGCGUCACUUUACUGCUUGCUCAUGGAUGGACAAAGAAAACCGGGAAAACUCCUUCAGCCGUUCCCGAAGCUCAAGUGUCUCCAGCAUCGACAAGGAGUCAAAGGAAACGAUCACAUCUUUGUACUUCAUGGAGUCCUUUGCCCGGAAGAAUGACUCUGCUCUCUCCCCCUGUCUCUGGGUUGGAACAGGCCUUGGUAUGGUCUUAAUCCUCUCCCUCAAUCUGCCACCUAAUGAUGAUUUAAGGCUGACAGAGCCAGUCAUGGUGUCUCCAAGUGGUACGGUUCUGACGCUGAAGGGAGCAGUGCUGACCUUUGCAUGCUUGGACUGCAUGGGAGCGCUGAUCCACCCGCCAUAUGAAGUGUGGAGAGACCCAAACAGCACAGAUGACAAUGAGAAAACAAGAAAAAGGAAACUUGUCAUGCACUCCCCUUCCGCCUCCCAAGACAUGGGCGAGCACCAGUUUGCAGUCGUCUGCUCAGAGAAACAAGCCAAAGUCUUCUCACUGCCUUCCCAGACAUGCCUUUAUAUUCAUAACAUCACAGAAACGUCCUUUCUGCUGCGAGCAGACGUGGUGACCCUCUGUAACAGCGUCUGCCUGGCUUGCUUCUGCGCCAAUGGGCAUAUCAUGACACUGAGCCUGCCCAGUCUUCGCCCUAUGCUGGAUGUCAACUACUUGCCUGUAACGGAUAUGAGGAUAGCACGGACAUUUUGUUUCACCAACGAAGGGCAAGCUUUGUAUCUCAGCUCCCCCACAGAGAUCCAGCGGCUAACCUACAGCCAGGAGAUGUGUGACAACUUACAGGAUAUGCUUGGGGAUUUGUUUACCCCAGUGGAAACACCAGAAGCCCAGAACAGAGGCUUUCUCAAGGGGCUGUUUGGAGGAAGUGGACAAACCUUUGACAGAGAAGAGCUCUUUGGUGAGGCAACCGCUGGGAAAGCCUCCCGGAGCCUCGCCCAGCACAUCCCUGGGUCAGGCGGGAUUGAAGGAAUGAAAGGUGCUGCCGGUGGGGUAGUCGGAGACCUGGCUCGUGCACGCGUUGCCCUUGAGGAGCGAGGCCAGCGGCUGGGAGAGCUGGAUGAGAAGACAGCGAGCCUGAUGGUCAGCGCGGAGGCCUUCUCCAAGCACGCCCAUGAGCUGAUGCUGAAAUACAAGGACAAGAAAUGGUACCAGUUUUAGAUUUGCCAUGAAGCUGCACCUGGCCUGGGUAAGAACACUGUUUGGGGAUACGGAGCUUACUCCCAACAAUGUCAGUCAUUGGACAGAAGCAAAACUUUCUCCUAGAAAACUUUUUCCUGUUACUCAUCAGAUUCACCACCCCUGGGGGUCGAGGAGAAGUUUUACCAUCUGCAAGAUGGAGCCUUCAAUGGUAUUUAGUCCAAACACAUGGUGUAGGUAGUCUUUUUUUCCAAAAGAAACUCAACAGUCACUUUGGCAUGUAGUUUUUCAGAAACUCUAGCUACGAACUUUGGGGAGAAUCUCUGGUUAAAAAUACCUUGUACAAACUAGAAUGUUAAUGCACUUAUAAAAACAAAUAAAAAUUUGCAUGACGAAUUGACAUCUUAAAAGAAAAAAAACAAAACAGAAAAAGAAAGCAUGUUGUGACCUAAGAAAAAAUGGGAUUUAUUUCUUCUGAGCAAAAAAUACUUAAAACAGCAAAAAUCUUUAUUUUUAAAAACCACAGUUCAAACAACCAGUACACUUGGAGCAUGGCUGCUGCUGCUCUCAAUAGAAACACGAGGUGAGCUGCAUUUUCUCAUUUGCUGCUGUUUUUUUCCCUUGGCGAACCUUAGCGUGCAGCCAGCAGUGCUGUUUAAUUCCUAGCAGAAAAAUAAACCAGCAUCAAAACCCUA